UUGGCACAUUUCCGUAGGUCUGAUCAGCGCAGCAAUAUCCUUACCGAGCCUCACGCUUACACAGGGGUCGCCGCCGCUUCUUCUUCUACGUCGGACCAAGGCGUGGCGGAACAGCGGCCCCUGCGACGGGUGCGUCGACAGUGGCGUUUCAUCUGCCGCAGCGACAACAGCUUCACUCAGCUGAUGUCCAACGUGAUGGAGGUGAACCGCGAAGUUCUGCGGGCCACCGCACCGCUGCGCGUCGGCGACAGCGAGAACCUGGGUCUCGUGUGGCUGAGAAACGGGCGCGUCUACAACCUACACACCAUCAAGAUCCGUGACACGUUCACCAGCGAGUGCAACGAGACGACCAUGAACCUGGUGUUCAGACUGAACCUGGAAAAGCCGUACGUCGUGUUCGACCUAUCGGCCCCCUUCGGCACUACCGCGCUUGCCGGUGGUCAGCUGACCGUCAGGGUUGACUCGCUCGACGUCGACAUUGGCCUCGUCACGCCAAAAGUGAAAAACAGCGGCGACAACGCCGAGCCGUGGGUUCCUUUCGCCACGGUUCGCAGAGCACACAACCUUCGGCUCGAGUUCACGGGGAUGCCUCCGGCCACGACGGCACUGACUUCUCUGCUGGCGCUACUGCAACAGCUGAUACCAUCUGUGCAGACGCGGUUGUUCGAGAUCAUACUGACUCGCAUAUUGAGGAACUACGUCGCAACCACGCCGAUUCCUUUUUGAACCUCGAAGAAGGGAGGACACGUCGAAAGAGAGAAAAGAAGGAGCGCAGUAGAGUAGUUCUCCAAAGCUAUUUAUAGGACAGUUAAUAUAACAAUUCUAUUCCAACGGUCCUUCCUUUUCGCGCUCCUUCAGCGGCCCACGUCAUCAACGGGAUCGAUCAGCCGGCCGUGAACGGUGGAUGAUAAGAGUGACAUAGAAUCGAGCAGAAGGAAUCAUUACAUUAUGACGGCACUGGUUCCGCUUGGGGCAGUUCCAAAUAAAAUAUCAAGGAUGAGCGUUGGCGCUAUAUUUGUGGGGUGCUUUUGUUUGUUAAUUCUUCUUUGACUAAAGUUUCUGAAAAGAGCUAUCUUGAUGCGCUGUAGUCGGCACAUAAUCACCCAGACGAACAACACAGGUGGAGAGCACAUACUCACAGAGAAAUUAGAAACAAGGAAACUCAGGAAAGACGCCGCGAAUUUUAUUGGCAGCGCCCUCCUGUAUAGUCUGUUACCUACUAACCAUGCCCCUUUGUUUAUGUAGAGCAGCAACAGCGCGUAUAAUUUGCACUCACUCUAUAGGCUUCUCCGGUGUUUACUUAUUUAUUCAUUUACCUCACAGGCUCCCGAAGGAGUAUUGCGUGAGGGGAGGAUACAGGGAAUUACCAAAAACAGGAGUAAAAAGAAAUUAUACAUUGUUAGCGAGUAAACAUGAAAGAACAAAUAUCUAACAAUAUAAAUAACGGGAUAAAUGAAACAAACGACUGUGUGAAGUAACAAAAAAAGUACCAAGAGAUUGUACAAAUGGUAGGAGGUGAAGGUGAAAGAACAAGUCUGUAAUAGUGUUAAAGCAAUUCAAAACAAACAUUCAAACAAAACAAAAAGAAAAACCUAUACAACUUCGCUACAAGUAUUUGCUUAGGUGCGCAGUAUGGUUUAGUUGUGACGAAUUAUGGAAAUAAUAUGCAUAAGCGUGCUUUGAAGGAUACUGGGUCAAGAAUGUCAACUAUGUCAUUUGGUAGGUUAUUCCAAUGUUGAAUGGCACGUGGUAAUGCGGAAGAAUUGAAAGCAUUUAUUCGGCCAAAGAUACGCUGGAAACUGAGAUGAUUAUGUAAACGCCGAGAUGUACGAGAUGGACGAGUGAGCGGCAGAGUGGACGGGUGCGUGCUAUGGAUUAUCUUGUUAAAUAGACAAAGCAAUGCUAUGGUUCUUCGUGAUUCAAAAGAUGAGAGAGAUAAAGAUGACUUAAUGCUAGUCACGCUAGAGUCGCUGUGGUAGUCUCUGACAAUGAAGCGGGCGGCGCGGUUUUGGAUCGAUUCGAGAGAUGCGAUUAGGUAAGCUUGGCGAGGUGACCAGAUAGGGGCUGCGAAUUCCAGUUGUGACCUUACAAAAGUCUGAUAAGCGAUUUGUCUGGUGAGGACAGGAGCAUCACGAAGGUUGCGUUUAAGAUAGCCGAGCGUACGUGAAGCUUUAGCAGUUAUUUUUUCGAUGUGCGCAGACCAUGACAGGUUAGGUGUAAGGAGAAUGCCAAGGUACUUGUAUGAGUUGGUGCGUGUGACGGGGUUGUUAUCAAGUGAGUAAUCGAAAGCGGAAAAUGUCUUUUUGCGGGUGAAUGUUAUUAGUUUGCAUUUAUCAGUGUUUAGAGUCAUUUGCCAAGAAGAGCACCAGUUAGUAAUACGGUCAAGAUCUCGUUGGAGAGCGACGUGAUCGGAAGUUGAGCAGAUUUCACGAUAGAUCACACAAUCGUCUGCGAACAAGCGAAUGGAUGACGUUAUUUCGGAUGGCAGGUCGUUAAUAUAGAUCAGAAAAAGUAAUGGUCCGAGUACGCUUCCUUGUGGGACACCAGAUGUCACAUCGCUGAUACUGGAAAUAAAGUUAUCGACGACGGUGAAUUGCUUACGGAAUGACAAGAAAUUUCUUAUCCAAGAUACUGUUAGGGAAUCGAUAUUUAAGCAUGAGAGUUUAGCUAUGAGACGGCAAUGAGCAACACGAUCGAAAGCCUUAGCGAAGUCUAUGAAGAUGGAAUCUGUUUGUAUGCCCUUAUCCAUGUUUAGGAAAAUAUCUGUAGUCAAUUCGAAUAGUUGCGUUUCACAUGAUAGUCCUUUUCUGAAUCCAUGCUGAUGUUUAAAUAAGAACUUGUUAGUUUCCAAGUGAUUUGCUAUGUUUGAAAAGAUUAUGUGUUCUAGUAACUUACCGGGAACGCUUGUUAGUGAUAUUGGGCGGUAAUUGUUAACAGCGCUUUUAUCGCCAGAUUUAAAGAAAGGUAUAACUUUAGCGACCUUCCAGUCAUACGGAACUUCCCCUGUUGAGAGGGACUGUUGAAACAAGCAGGAAAGGACUGUGCUAGAGGAAACUACAGUAUAUUUUAAGAUUUUUGAAUUUAUACCGUCCAUGCCGGAAGAAGUUGACAUCUUGAGGUUGUUGAUCAGCUCAGCAACACCAGUGGUUGUUAUGUUGAUGGGGGCCAUGUAUGUACAAUCGAGUUCGAUGGGGGGUUGGUAUAUUUGAAUGGUCUUCCUCUGUAAAUACGGACGUGAAGUAACAAACGAAGACUCUUUGCUUCCUGGCUUCGCUAGGUAUAAUAGCCCAAUACAUUUUGCGCUUAAGAAAAGAAAAUAUGGAGGCCGCAGUAGUAUACUUCUGCAGUAUUUCUGCUCUGCAACAACCCGGUGACUAAAACGUAC